AUGGCAGAAACAACAUACAGCGAUGAUUUAAAAAAGGCAGUGUGUUCUAUUACUACAGUAUUGUGUGACGAACUGUUGGAGAUAUGUGAGGAAGAAUCAAAGAAGAGAAAAAGAAAAGUUUGGGUUAGAAAUUGGAUGGAUAAAAAGAAAUGCGGUGCAUCUGAAACAAUUAUUAGAGAACUUAGAGACAAUGAUCCACUCGAAUUUAAGUCUGUUAUCAGGCUUACGCCCGAACAGUUUGAUGAGUUGUUGCUUAAGAUUAGUCCGAUAAUAAGCCGUGCUGACACUUUUAUGCGCCCAGCUUUACCUGCCAGGCUAAAGUUAGAAUUAACCCUAGCGUUCUUGGCAUCAGGAACAAACUCAAGAAUACUGUCAGUAUUGUUCCGCGUUUCCAAAGCAUCAAUUUCAAAUAUGAUACCUGAAGUAUGUGACGCUAUCUAUUCAGUUUUGAAUGAUUACAUAAAAGUGCCAAAUUUAAAGGAAUGGGAAGAAAUUCAAUUUGGUUUUAAUGAAAAGUGGAACUUCCCUGGAUGUUGCGGAGCCAUAGACGGAAAACAUGUAGUAAUUAAAGCACCCCCAAGUGCAGGGAGUGAAUACUAUAACUACAAAGGUACAAACAGUAUUGUACUUCUUGGUGUAGUCGACCACAACUAUUGUUUCAGAUACAUUGAUGUCGGAUCUUAUGGGCGAAAUGCUGAUGGUGGUGUUUUCCAGUACUGUGAUUUAUAUCCUUUACUAGAAAAUGAUUCGUUACUACCAAAAGCAGGAGUACUGGUGGGAGAUGAUGCCUUUCCCUUAAAAACUUACCUUAUGAAACCCUAUUCAAAGGUAAAUCUGACUAAAGAAGAAAAAAUAUAUAACUACAGAACCAGUAGAGCACGAAGAAUUGUGGAAAACGGUUUUGGUAUAUUGGCCAGCCGGUUUCGUAUUUUUCAACAACCUAUGGCAGUAAAAGUUCCAACAACUAUAAAAAUAGUAAAAGCUACAUGUGCCAUACAUAACUGGUUACGCUUAACUUCACCUACCACUUACACACCACCAAGCUGUUAUGACUACGAAGACAUUGUCAAUGCUACAAUAAUACAAGGGGAGUGGAGAUCUGAAUUGUCUCAGCUGCCAAGUAUGUUACGGACACGAAUUAACAACAGACCAAAGAAAAUAGCACAACAAGUGAGAGACAGAUACAAGGAUUAUUUUAAUGGAGAGUGGUCAGUGGAAUGGCAAGACAGAAUGAUUAAAUAA